UGUGCGCGUGUGUGUGACAGAGGGUGGGGAAUACACAGAAAAUCUAUGCUUGUGAUGUCAGCUUUACCCUUCUCUCUCUGUGUCGCCUGCUGUGAAACGAUAGAUUUUUUUAAAUGUAUUUUUAAGGCAUUUUUCUGCCAUGUUGUUUUCCUUUUUUUUCAUCAUGUUCUGUUAGUUGCUUUUUCAAGUGACAUCAGCUGCCGUGCUCCUACUGAAGCCAGUCUAUUAACAUAAGGUACUAAGCAGCAUCACAUUGCAGGGUGGGUAGCAGAGGGAAUCCUGUGGAUUUUACUGUCUCAGACUGUCAUUCUGUUGGCUGCAAGGAGUUCUGGGAUACGGAUGUUGGAGUGACCUAUUUUGGAUGCUGUUGAUAUUUUUUUAGGGUGACAAGGGGACGCUCUGCAGGAUUAAUCUUUUCUUUUCCCCAGUAGUGGUACUGAAGGCAAUCAGUGUUGCAUCUUCUCCAUUUUCCUCAUAUCAAACUAAAAUCUUCACCUUCCCCCUUCAUCAUCCUGACAGAAGGUAUGCCAUGAACUGAAGGAGGGAGACAUAGUGAGUUACCAUCAUGUCAAACACAAGUAACGGAGACACAAAAGCCCAGUGCUUACCACGCAAUGGACUAGUGAAAAUCCCUGGACCCACCAAUGGCUUAGGUUCAGCCAGCAUUACCAAAGGAACACCAGCUGUCAAGAACCGUCUGUGCCAGCCUCCCUCUGUCCCUUCAAUCCUCAGUCAAGCUUUCCCGAAGCACUCAGAGCAUGUCAACCCUGCAGUGUUGCCCAUCCUACCCCCACCACCCACCCACAGCAUCCCACUGGGACUCAGCCCUGGAGAGGAGAACUUACUAAUUCCUUGUGGCCCCUCUGUAGAUAGAGUACAAGGCCAGGGAAUGGACUGGCAUGUGGCUCUAGAUGAAAAAAUACUAAACCGUCUGUUCUCGUACUUCUCAGCUUGUGAGAAGUGUGUUUUGGCACAGGUUUGCAAGACUUGGAGGCGAGUUUUAUACCAGCCUAGAUUUUGGGUGGGCCUAACCCCUGUUUUGCAUGCCAAGGAACUAUACAAUAUCCUGACCACAGGGGAAAAGGAGUUUGUUAAUCUACAAGGAUUUGCUGUGCGUGGGUUUGAUUCCUUCUGCUUGGUGGGAGUGUCUGACCUGGAUAUAUGUGAAUUCAUUGACAACUACCCACUAUCCAAGAAAGGAGUUAAGUCUGUGAGUCUUAAAAGGUCGACCAUCACUGAUGCUGGACUGGAGGUGAUGCUGGAGCAGAUGCAAGGAGUCGUACGACUUGAGCUUUCUGGUUGUAAUGACUUUACAGAAGCAGGGCUGUGGUCAAGCCUUCAUGGGCGCAUAACUUCUCUAAGUGUCAGUGACUGCAUUAAUGUGGCAGAUGAUGCUGUAGCAGCCAUCUCCCAGCUUUUGCCCAACCUUGGAGAACUCAACCUACAAGCCUACCAUGUAACGGACACAGCACUGGCUUAUUUCACUGCCAAGCAGGGUCGAGCAACACACACUCUGAGACUCCACUCUUGCUGGGAGAUUACCAACCAUGGUGUGGUUAAUGUGGUCCACAGCCUGCCCAACCUAACAGUGCUCAGCCUUUCUGGAUGCUCCAAGGUGACAGAUGAUGGAGUAGAGCUAGUUGCAGAGAAUCUGAGAAGAUUGCGUGGACUUGAUCUGUCAUGGUGCCCAAGGCUCACAGACACAGCAUUGGAAUAUAUUGCAUGUGACCUACACAAGCUGGAGGAAUUAGUGCUGGAUAGAUGUGUAAGAAUAACAGACACUGGGCUAAGCUAUCUGUCCACAAUGUCAUCACUUCGCAGUCUUUAUCUUCGCUGGUGUUGCCAGGUGCAGGACUUUGGCCUAAAGCAUUUAUUGGGAAUGAAAAGCUUACGCCUGUUAUCACUUGCUGGUUGUCCCUUGCUCACUACCACUGGUCUCUCAGGCCUUGUUCAGCUGCAGGACCUGGAAGAACUGGAAUUGACCAAUUGCCCUGGUGCCACUCCUGAGCUUUUCAAGUAUUUUUCCCAACAUCUGCCUCGUUGUGUGGUUAUUGAGUAACAUAUAUAGGUAGAUAUAUAUUCUACAAGCCGUAUCCUCCAAAUCAUUUCCAGCACUGACCAUCCGAUCUGAAACUUUGACAUGGGUGUAAUGCCCUUGUCAUCUGUAUGCUGAGACAAAAGGAGGGCAAGAUCCUGGGAGAAAAAUCACAUUCCGGUUUGUGAAGACCUCAUUCCAUGUUUUGAAGAAAGGGUUGUAUAUUUUCCACACCUCAUCUCUUGUCUUCUUUGUCGUGGACUGUUUUAAAUCUCACAAAUAGAGCCGGCUCCCAUCCGAAUCCCCAUCAGCAUUCUCUACAAGGAUACUAUGGUGUAAGGUUGAGUGCAGUACGUUGUGGAGUGUUACAUACCAUCAUGGCAGUGGUGGUCCUCCAUAAUUGCUUCCUAAUGCUUCAGAAGAUGGUUAGUUUAGACAGCAGAUUUCAGGAUGUAUGUUUCUUUUGGAAGUAAGACACUGAAAAAGUAAAUCAUCGUUGAUCAUCAGUGAUUUUAAAGGGUAUCUUUAUGGCUGCAGAUGUUCACAUGUUUCGUGGAGUGUGGUGCUUAAUACACUUAAAUGAGAAGAAAGCUUUGGUGGAUAUAACUUGAUGGUUUUAUCAGUUUGCUUUGUGGAAAUCUAACAAAUACCACAAACAUUUAUUUAAUAACAAUUUAUAUACAGUUCUUGAAAAACUGUUUUCUAGAAGCGUUUAACGUUUCAACAGCUGCUGCAAGUUCUCCUUUCACUACUGACAAGCAUAUUUUCUGGAUUUAAAAAAAAAAGCAGGGCAGAAUAAUUGAUUGCCUCAUAUGGUCUGUAAAAGUUCAAGUUGGUUACUAAGAAAUUAGCAAGGUUUUUUUGACGAUGAUGCACGGCGCUUUCAAAUCUGACGGGUUUGUUUUUUAAAAAACUGACCACACAGCAGCUUCACUGUGAUACAACCUACCUUGUAUUUUUCUGGUAAUAGAAUUUCAAAUGGCAACUUAGCAAACUGUUUAUAAAGAAAAUCUUGCAAAUAAACUGAAACAAGGAUGGAGGAUCACCAUACUUGUCAUACUUGUAUGUAUGGACUUCAUUUCAUGUGACUUUCUAUCCCUGAUCACAAAAGGAAAAUUUACUGAUGAUGGUUCUUUAUUGAAUUGCAAGGAAAUAUUAUCAUACUGUGGUCAAAUCAAUAUUGAUUUUAUCACAUUUGGACUUGUGUAAGUUGGUUGAAAUUUGGAUAUGGUACACAUAUUAGCUAGUGGGACCCCAGGCAUGUAAAUGCCUUUGUACAAACCUUUGCUUGGAUAUAAAAAGGGCCAUUAGAUAUACUCAGAGCUUACCUGAAUGUCUGUAUAUUACUGUUCAUGCUCAUACCAACUAUUAUAUGAUGAUGAGAUAUUGGAGAAUAUUAUUAUAUCAGCUGCUGUCUAAAUUCUGGCCUGGCAAACCUAAAAUAAGCAGAGUGGCUUAGUUACAAAGUUUACAAUGCCUUUGUGAAAGUAUAUACUUUUAUGGGUCAUAAGAACCGAAAAAUGAAAUGAUUUCAUAGCAGAAGCAUAUUCUGGGUGUUAAAUUACAAGACAGUCUCUUUAUUUGCUUCUAACUGCCAUGGUUUCUUUCACUUCUUUCCAUCUAACUCACAGACAUUUCUUUCACUCUUCCAAAUUUUCUUUAUUUAUUAUACCGAUCUCUUCCUUUUUCCUGCUUAUUUCAUAUUGCUGCCAGUCUUCAUAAUUCCUACUGUCCUGUUCGAUUUUUCGCAUUCUAGUUUCUAUCCCUUUAUCUCAUCAUGUUUAGUCAAAUAUUCUUUCUCUUUAGCAUGGCUUAUUGCUCUCAUUACUGGUCUUUUCUUGCCUUAGGAGAGUGAUGUAUAUGGAAGAAUGUUAUGUUGUCUCUCACAUGCUUUAAAUAUAUUAAAAUAUCAAACUCAAAAUUACAAUUCUGAGAAAUUACGACCAUCAGUGUUUGUUAAAAAUCCAUCAUUUCUGGAAUACUGAGGAGGUUUUUAGUAGAUUGGAACCAAUUGUUAUAAAGUUUCUUCCUUUACAGAGAUGUUACUUUAUGAAUGAAAUAUUAAGACAGAGUAUUAUUCAUUCUGCCUUUUGUGUUAAUGGAUACCAUACAUGCUAGACACACAAUCGCCACCAAAGGUUAUUUAAGGGAUAGAAUUUCACACCUUUUAUGUUUAUUUGCUGUAGUAUAAAGUUAUAAAAUGCUAAAUAAAAAGGCAUAUUUUGUGAAUUGCACUCUAUUAUGGCAACUUAAUGGAGGGAACAGUCAUUGUUGAUAUAUAUUUAAGUAAAGUCAAAACUUUGCAACUACUAUUAAAAUUUACAAGAUUGCUCUGUCAUAA